AUGACAGAACAUUCACAAGGCUCCACGAGACGUCGUUUGCGGUCAAAGUCCAUCGCUGGACUGCUUCUCACGAUCUGCGCUGGGUUCCCGGGUCUCGUCGCAGCGCUCAACCCUCUACAUCACCUGCCAUCAGAUGAGAUUCCCAUCCUACCUCCAAACGUCCCUCAAGGAGACGAUACACGGCCCCUCACGGGCAGACAUCAGUUUUCCCUACGUCACAUCUAUCACCGCGGAACAUAUAAGUACCCUGAACUCCACAGAAAACUCGAUGUCAAGCCAGACACGCGGCUCUGGGUGGUGUCGGAAGACACAGGGCUUCCGGAGCCUCUUACUGAACCUCCCACUCCUCUAGUUGCAUUGUCGAACCCGAUGACAAUCCAAAGACUCGCGGAUCGGCGUCCAUCGGUGAUCGAAAACCAUCUAGCGUUUGCCAGGUCGUCAGGGGUAGCUGCCACUUUAUCACCAUCGGAAUGGGUUAUGGAAGACAUCUCAGGCCCGGAUGUCACAGACAAGGAAACCGUCUUAACGUUUGCGAAGAUGACGUUGAACGACUAUAUCGAGGAACCUGGAACUGGAGAUUGGGAGGAUAUCAACGGCCGGUUUAAUUAUUCUUCAAGCUUUGGAUGGCAGAGUGAUGGCUUGAGGGGUCACAUAUACGCUGAUGAAACAAACAGCACGAUAGUCAUUUCGCUGAAGGGGACCUCACCCGCUCUGUUCGAUGGGGCUGGUACCACUACAAAUGAUAAGAUCAACGACAAUCUUUAUUUCAGUUGUUGUUGCGGCCAAGGAGGCUCGUAUCUGUGGCGGCAAGUGUGCGACUGCCAGACAGCUGCAUAUACGGGCAACUUGACCUGCAUCAUUGAAGCUCUUCUCGAUGAACACCGAUAUUAUCGGGCUGCCAUCGAUCUGUAUACCAAUGUGACCGAGAUUUACCCACACGCUGAGGUUUGGCUGACCGGCCAUUCCCUGGGUGGUGCAAUGACCAGCUUGCUGGGUCUGACAUUUGGACUCCCUGUUGUUACAUUUGAGGCGGUUCCAGAAGCCUUGCCAGCCGGCCGACUGGGUCUCCCUGCUCCGCCGGGGCACGAUCCUAGGCGCCCCCAAACGCGCAAAUACACCGGCGCAUAUCAUUUUGGACAUACUGCAGAUCCAGUAUUUAUGGGGACUUGCAAUGGUGCCAGCUCCGUUUGCACAUGGGGUGGGUACGCCAUGGAAUCGGCAUGCCAUACCGGGUUGAUGUGCGUCUAUGAUACGGUCGAAGACAAGGGAUGGAGGGUUGGAAUUGGGACUCACCGGAUCAAAUCGGUGAUAACCGAUGUCCUGGAAGCAUACGACACGGUUCCAGCGUGCGCACCGGAGGAGGAAUGCUACGACUGUGAACUCUGGAAGUUUUUCCGAAGCAAUGGCUCUGAAUCCACAUCAACCACUACAACUACUACCUCUGCGACUUUGACGACAAUGACAAGAACAUCGACCUGCAAGACUCCUGGCUGGUGGGGUUGCUUGGACGAGACUACGACCACUACGACCACUACGUCAAUCCCUACGACCACCUCAACGACAACGACUUCUACUUGCAAGACUCCGGGGUGGUUCGGGUGCAAAGAUCCCACGACGACCUCCUCAACCGCUACCGCCACUCCCGCGCCUUCAAUCACACAUACUGUCGCACCAACAUCCACAACUACAACGUGCAAGAACCCUGGUUGGUUCGGUUGCCGCGAUCCGAUAAGUACGGCAACGGCCGCUUCUGGUCCUACUGCAACCAUCUCCUAA